GAAAAGAAAAGGUGUAUGCCGCUGUGCCCAGCUAUUUUAAUUUCUUUAUCCUGUGAAGCAGAGGUUGUCACUGUCCCCAUUUUACAGAGGUAGUGACCUGACCGACCAACUAUACUAAGGAUUGGUCUUAAGGAUCGUGAUCCUUCCUCGAGGUUGUGCCAGGACCAGGAACCCGGAGGAGGAAGAGGAGGAGAUGGAGGAGGAGGGCCCCACAUGAGAGGCGGGGCAGCACAAAACUGUCCGAGGUCUGCCUGGAGUCCAGAUCCCAUGGAGGUAGCGGGCUGCAGCUACCAGUUCCGGAUCGCUCUGCUCGGGGACGCCGCGGUGGGCAAGACGUCACUGCUGCGGCGCUACGUGGCGGGCGCUCGGGGUGCGGUGGAGCCGGAGCCUGAGCCCACUGUGGGCGUGGAGUUCUACAGUCGCGCGCUGCAGCUGCCCGCCGGGCUGCGGGUCAAGCUGCAGCUCUGGGACACCGCGGGUCACGAGCGCUUCAGGUCCAUCACCCGAUCCUUCUACCGGAACAUGGUGGGCGUUCUGUUAGUUUUUGAUGUGACCAACAGAGAGUCCUUUGAACACAUCCAAGCCUGGCACCAGGAGGUCUUAGCCUCUCAGUGCCCUGACAAGGUGAUCUUCUUACUGAUUGGCCACAAGUGCGACCUGAGCACCCGAAGUGUCUCCACCCAGGAGGCAGAGGAACUGGCUGCCUCGCUGGGCAUGGCCUUCAUGGAGACCUCGGCCAAAAGUAACUGCAAUGUGGACCUGGCAUUUGACACUGUCGCCCGUGCCAUCGAACAGGCCCUGCAACUGGGGGACAUCAAGCUGGAAGAGGACUGGGCAGGCGUCCGGCUCCUCCACAGAGCCCCAAACCCCAGAUCCCCCAGCAGAAAGCAGGACUCAGGCCCAUGCCAGUGUUGACUCUGGGAGAGAAAGGGGUUACAGUGGUGCCAGCCUCAGUCUCCCCAGGGAGACUGGAGGGCAAAUGACAAGAUGGCUGCCUCCUGACCUGUUCCUGUUGUUCUUGCCUUCUAAUUCUUGGCCUUUUUUUUUUUUUUUUUUUUUUGGUCAAGAUUGAACACAGGGCUUGGCCAGCUACAGACGUCCUCAGCACUUUUUUCUCUUAUGUUUUCAGAAUGGAUCUUGCUCAGUCCUUGAACCUCAGCCUCUUGAGUGAUUGAGAUUACAGAAGUGUUCCACUA